UGCGUCUCUCUCCCCGUGCGUCUCUCUCCCCGUGCGUCUCUCUCCCCGUGUCUCUCUCCCCGUCGUCCGCGAUGGAAGAGGCUCGCCCAGAGGUGCGCGAAUCUCAGCGAGUCGUGCAUCUCAGCUGUCCGCUGCAAGGCUGGCUCCUCGUCUUGGAGAUGCCCAGCCCCUCCAGCCACCGCGUGUCGUGCGGCCACCACUCCCCGCUCGUCCAGACGGCGGUGUGGAGCCACAAAUACUGCGGUCUGUCUGGGGCCCACCUCGUCCUGCUCGACAGCGACGAGGUGAACCCGUGGAUCGCGCCGGACGGCUCCGAAGACCCGGACGAGCCCCGGGGUCUGCGACGGACCGUGAGUGUCCCCUCGGAGCGCCAAUUCCCGGAGUACCUCCUGCCCCAGCACGCCGAUCCCCUGUCGGCCCCGAGGAGGCACAGUGGCUCUGGGUCAGCGAUGACCGACAAGAGCCUGGGCAUUGAGGGCAUCGGCGCGUCGUCCCCCUUCAAAGUGGCGGGCUUUCUGAGCAAGCGGUUGAAAGGUUCCAUCAAACGCACCAAGAGCCAGCCCAAGCUCGAUCGCAACACCAGCUUCCGGCAGAUCCUGCCCAGCCUGAGGAGCCCCAACAAUGACAGGUCACAUGUGAUGCCCCGGCUCCAGGAGUCUCGCUCCCACGAGUCUCUGCUCAGCCCCAGCACUGUGGAGGCCCUUGACCUCAGCAUGGAGCAGGAGGUUGUGAUCCGCGCCGUGCACAGCAGCAUCCUGGGCCAGGACUACUGCUUCGAGGUCACCACGUCGGCCAGCACGCGGUGCUUCUGUUGCCGCUCGGCCGCGGAGAGGGACAAGUGGAUGGAGAAUCUCAGGCGAGCUGUGCAGCCCAACAAGGACAACACCCGCCGCACGGAGUGCUCGCUCAAGGUGUGGGUGAUCGAGGGGCGCGACCUCCCCGCCAAGAAGCGCUACUACUGCGAGCUGUGCAUCGACGACGCUCUGUACGCCCGCACCACGUGCAAGCUGCGCUCCGACGGCCUCUUCUGGGGCGAGCACUUCGAGUUUGCCGGCGUGCCAGCCCGCGCCCGCAGCCUCACCGUGCACCUGUACAAGGAGCCGGACAAGGCGCGCAAGAGGCACCGCGACAAGGCGAGCGGCUACGUGGGCCUCGUGAGCGUGCCGCUCGCCGGUGUGAGCGGGCGACAGUUCGUCGAGCGCUGGUGCCCGCUGAGCACGCCCGGCGGUGGCGGCGGAGGUGGCGGUGGGGGAGGGGGAGGGGUGGGGGGCAAGCUGGUGAGGGCGGCCGUGCCGGCGCUCCGGAUCAAGGCACGCUUCCUCAGCGUGUCCGUGUUGCCCACUGAGUGCUACAAGGAGUUUGCAGAACACGUGACGGUCGCCUACCCCCCGCUCUGCUCCGCUCUCGAGCCCGUGCUGGGCGUGCGCAGCAAGGAGGAGGUGGCGGGCACCCUCGUGCACAUCCUGCAGAGCACCGGCACCGCCAAGGAGUUCCUGACGGAUCUGGUGAUGGCCGAGGUGGAGCGCUGCGGGGAGAACGAGCACCUCAUCUUCCGCGAGAACACGCUCGCCACCAAGGCGGUGGAGGAGUACAUGAAGCUCGUGGGACAAAAGUACCUGCAGGACGCCCUGGGUGAGUUCAUCAAGGCGCUGUACGAGUCGGACGAGAACUGCGAGGUGGAUCCCAGCCGGUGCCCGGCCGCCGACCUGCAGCCCAACCAGGAGAACCUGCGCAUGUGCUGCGAGCUGGCCUUCUGCAAGAUCAUCAACUCCUACUGCGUGUUCCCGCGCGAGCUCCGGGAGGUGUUCGCCGCCUGGCGGCAGCGGUGCGCGGCCCGCGGCCGCCCGGCCAUCAGCGAGCGUCUCAUCGUGGCCUCGCUGUUCCUGCGCUUCCUCUGCCCGGCCAUCAUGUCCCCGAGCCUCUUCGGCCUGACGCAGGAGUAUCCGGACGAUCGCACGGCGCGCACGCUCACGCUCAUCGCCAAGGUCAUCCAGAACCUGGCCAACUUCACACGGUUCGGCAACAAGGAGGACUACAUGGCGUUCAUGAACGACUUCUUGGAGCAGGAGUGGGUGAACAUGAAGCGCUACCUGGCGGAGAUGUCCAACGCGGAGGCUGGCCCCAGGGAGAGCUAUGAGGGCUACAUCGACCUCGGCCUCGAGAUGUCCACCCUGCACACUCUGCUGUCCGACGUGGUGGCGCAGGGAGACAAGGUUGGGGGCGCCGUUAGCAACCCCUCCCCGCCCGGAGUGGUCACGGGAGUGGUAAUGAUGACUACGGUGACGAUGAAGACCGCGACGAUCACCGUGACGAUCACCGUGACGAUGAAGACCGCGACGAUCACCGUGACGAUCACCGUGACGAUCACCGUGACGAUCACCGUGACGAUCACCGUGACGAUGAAGACCGCGACGAUCACCGUGACGAUCACCGUGACGAUCACCGUGACGAUCACCGUGACGAUCACCGCGGCAACGACGAGCGACGGCCGUCACUACCCCUGGCGUGACCCCCGCCUGCCCAAUCCCCGCCACCCUCCCCCCUCCUCGCCCCACCAGACCACCGUGGCCAAGCUGGGCCCUCUGCCGAGGAUCUUGUCCGACAUCAGCUCGGCCCUCUCGCCCGGCUCCCGCGUGGGGGUCCCGGCGGGCGACUCUUCGACGGCCGGGGUGGGGGGCCGCCCCCCCCCGCUGGUGUCGGCCGUGCCCGGCCUGGGCAGCACGAGUCUGGCUUCGGGCCUGCACCGCAUCUUGGAGGACAGCGAUGUGUUCGGCUUCACGCGCCUCCCGUCGCCCACGCAGGAGAACCGCGAGGCCUUCUUUGUGACACGCACGGAGGCCGCCCCGCGCUCCCGCCGCUCCGAGCCGCCGGCGACCUCCGGCUCCUCCGCCGGCUCCUCCGCCGGGUGCCUCGCCGGCCCGGGGUCGAGGUUCACCGUCGCGGGGACCGCGGCCGGAGCAGCGGUGGCCGGCGCCUACUGGGACUCGUCGGCUGUGGACUUUCGCGCGAUCCUACCCAAACAAUCCAAACGAUCAAAUCGCCUCGAUCCGAAGCAAUUCCAACCGCCCGCUCAAAAAGCACCAUUCAAUCAUUUUUUUUGUAAUCUCCGGCAGUACGAGCAGGAGAUCGGGCGGCUCAAGGAGCGGCUGGCCGGCUCGUCGCACAAGCUUGAGGAGUACGAGCGGCGCCUCCGGGCGCAGGAGGAGCACAUGCAGCGUCUGGUGCAGGAGUACCAGACGCGGCUCCACGACAGCCAGGAGAACCUGCGGCGACAGCAGGAGCACAAGGACGCGCAGAUGAAGGGCAUCAUCAACCGGUUGAUGAUCGUCGAGGAGGAGCUGAAGAAGGACCAUGCCGACAUGCAGGCCAUUGUGGACGACAAGCAGAAGAUCAUCGAGGCGCAGGAGCAGAAGAUCGCGACGCUGGGGGAGGCGAACUCGCGCCUCAUCAACGCCCUGGCCCAGCUCAAGGAGCGCUACAACGGCCAGGGGCGUAACGGCCUCUCGCCCACCGCCAACCCACCGCCGCCCCCGCCGAAGCUCUCCAUCACCGAGAACGGAGAGUUCAAGAACAGCGGCUGCUGAUGGGCCGCGGUCGGGGAGUUGGUGGGGGGGGAGUG